AUGGGAGAUCCCAAUUUCCAGCAGACUUUAGAGUUGUUGACUCAGGCCCUAUCCCAGACUGGGCAGUCCAGAGACCCGUCCUUGGGAUAUGCUGAUCAAGCAAAGAGAAUUGGGGCCACAGAUUUUGACGGUGAUGUUGACCCAGCAGUGGCCGAAGAGUGGAUAGAGAGGAUGGAGCGGAUCAUGGAAGUGAUGGCUGUUCCACAGGAUCGCAAGGUAGUUUUGGCCACGUUCUUUUUGAUCAGAAAUGCCAGACACUGGUGGGAGUCAGUUAGAAGGCGAUAUCGGGAUCCAUCAGCCAUUACUUGGCCAGUCUUUCGAGCUGCUUUUGACAGCCAGUAUUACCCGCAGGCUUAUCAGAACCUGAAAAUGGAGGAAUUCCUGCAAUUGGAACAGGGGACGAUGACAGUGUUGGAGUACGAGAAAAAGUUCAAUGAAUUGUCCAAAUACUGCAUUCCACUAGUAGAAGAUGAAAGUAAGAAGUGCCAGCUGUUCACUAGAGGAUUGAAGGCCUCCAUUCGAGAUAUUGUGAUCAGUCAGCGGCUGACUAAUUUUGGGGAUUUGGUAAUGUCAGCUUCGCUGAUAGAGAGUAGCCAGAUGAUGGUCAAAGCACGAGGUGAACCUCGGAGGAGACAGUUUGAUAUGGGUGGUCCCAGUCAGGGGUCAGCCAAGAGGGGUAGCUACAGUUCUGGGUCGUCCAGUGGCCGCAGUUAUGGAGGUUUUCGACCUGGAGUUAGUUCGAGUGGAGGCUUCAAUCAGAGCGGCAGUUCUGGGAGCCGUUCUGUGGGCAGUACAGUUAGAGGUUCUGGGAGACCGCCACCUUCAGCAGCUGGCAAGAUGAGGAGUCCGCAGUGUACUGUGUGUGGCAGAUAUCAUACCGGGACUUGCCGACAGGGUACCACAGGAUGUUUUCAUUGUGGUCAGCCUGGACAUUUCUUGCGAGAGUGCCCGGUAUUGCUUCAGGGUGGAGAGGUAGGCACACAGGGCAGAUCGCAGUUUAGAGCAGCCUCGUCCAGUGGUGGGACCCAGACCAGUGUUGCCAGCAGAGGUGGCAGUCAGCAGCAAGGACGAGGUGGACGUGCCAGAGCCACGGGCAAAGUGUACCAUAUGUCCCAGCAACAGGCACAGACAUCACCGGAUGUGGUUACAAGUAUUUUAUCAGUCUUUGGAACUCCUGCUAGAGUUUUGAUUGACCCUGGGGCUGCACACUCAUUUGUUACACCUAGUUUUGCCCACAACGCUGAUGUCGGACUUUCAGUCCUACGGGAUGAAUUAGCGAUCUCUGUACCUACAUGA